GUUUGGUGAAAUGUGGGGGGAGUUGGCGACGUAUAAGCAUGGGCUUUGUCGCUUUGAUGAAUCCGAUCCAAUCCAAUCUAAAUUAAGUGUAGGUAAUUCUCACUACUACACCUAUCAUGUAGCAAGACACAAAUUACAUUAUCUCCUAACUAACCAGAUUUUGGCAGGAGCAUUCCUUCACUCAUCGAGAGAAAGAACGGACUACUCUGUUUCUUGUGGCCUCAAUUUCACCCCAAAAAUUACUGUACAAGAAUUCAAGAAUGGAAGCAAAGAAGGAAGUUCAAAGUCCCAAUAAACCGUCCAUUCCUUGGCGGACCCGUAUCUCGUUUUCCAUUAUCUCAGCCGUCACUGACGCCACUCGCCGCCAAAACGGCACCGUCAAUCGCCGCCUCCUCAACAUACUCAGCAUCAAGUCUCCCGCCACCCGGAACCACGUCAACGGCGUCAAGUCCUCCGAUGUCACCGUCGACCCUGCCCGCGAUCUCUGGUUCCGCCUCUUUGUCCCCACCGCCGCCGAAGCCCGGGAUUCCAAUUCCCUGCCGGUAAUCGUCUUCUUCCACGGCGGCGGAUUUGUGUACCUCAGCGCCGAUGCCAAAGCGUACGAUGCCGUUUGCCGCCGAUUUGCGAGAAAGGUCCCGGCGGUCGUCAUCUCUGUUAACUAUCGACUCGCGCCUGAGCACCGAUGUCCUGCUCAGUACGAUGAUGGCUUCGAUGUGCUGAAGUUUCUCGAUAAUGAAAAGAACAAGGGGAUUUUGCCGGAAAAUGCUGACGUUUCCCGCUGCUUCCUUGCCGGCGAUAGUGCCGGAGGGAAUCUGGCUCACAACGUGGCAAAACGAGCGUCAGAGGCCAGUUUCCGAGACGUUAAGGUCAUUGGGCUGGUAGCUAUACAACCAUUCUUUGGAGGGGAAGAGCGGACUGAGGCGGAAAUAAGAUUAGCAAAUAUUGAUCCUCUGAUAUCAGUUGCGCGUACAGAUUGGACGUGGAGGGCAUUUCUACCGGCGACGGAGGGAGGGAGGGAGGUGGACAGGGAUCACGAGGCGGUGAAUGUGUCCGGCCCCAGGGCAGUUGACAUAUCAAAGCUGGAUUUUCCGGCAAGCAUGGUCGUGGUGGCCGGCUUUGAUUCUCUCCAGGAUUGGCAGAGGAGGUACUAUGAGUGGUUGAAGAGGUCAGGUAAACAAACCUACUUGUUGGAGUACCCAAAUAUGAUUCAUGCCUUUUACAUUUUCCCUGAGCUCCCUGAAUCUUCGCAACUCAUUCAAGAGGUUAAGGAAUUCAUUCACAAGCAAUGUUCCAAGAGUUAAGGGCUUGUUUGGCGUGUAAAUCAAUGUUGUGUGAGUCUUGUCAAUAACUUAUACUAUCGUAUAUUGCAUCAUUAUUCUUUCACAGGAUUAAGAUUUCUUUGUACCAAAAAACUAUCUUUCUAGAGAACUUGACAUCCCAUUUUCUACCAAAAUGGUUUGGAAAUUAUAAUAACUAAUAAGAGAUCCC